UCAGAGUUCAAAUCCUAGUUUUGCUGUAAAUAUACAGGUGCCCUGAAGCAUCCGCUUAAAUUCUCUCAUCCUCAGCCUCCAGCCUGGAGCAUGAAACUAGUAGUGCUGCUCUCCCUUGCGGGGCUGCUGUAAGGAUAACAGUUCCCCGGGAUUUCAGAGAGGGUUUUCUCUCAGCCGUACCUGGAGAUGCCAAGGAUUGAACUGGGAACCUUCUGCAUGCCAAGCAGGUGCUCUGACAGCCACCGCUAGUCACAAAGCAGAAUAGUGAGACAAUCCAAUAAUCUGAUUCAGAGCAAGCUAACUUUGUACAUUCAUUUGUGAUGGUGGGUGAUCACUUAGGAAACAGGCUAUAUAAAGACACUGAGGCUUUCUCUUCUUUGUAUCUGACUGGGAAGGGUUUGUAAGGGAGGCAGGAGGAUUCCUGGACCAGGUCCCUGCUGGCCCUGUAAGCACAAGUCAGUGGAAGAACUGUGUGGUUGGAAAUUUCCCAGAGCAGAGGAGGAGGAGGGAACAGGAACGACAGGUGAGGGCGUGAAUGAGAGGAGGAGGAGCCAGCCGAGUGGAAAACCUCACCUGUCACAACCUGUGGGAGGGUGGAGGCAGGAAUCGGGAAAUAAACAGCGAAACCCAACCGGGAGUCGAAGGAAGGAGGAGAAGAAGAGGAAGAAGCGGAGAAGCCAGGGCAAGCUUGUUGCUUCUUCCCUUCCCUCAGGAGCAGUUCAGGUUGCCUCUUCAUACCUGGAUACCUGGAGGAAACGACCUGCCUGCUUCUCCCCCUCCCUCAGAAGGCAUCUUCUCUCAUGGGAGAAACUGGGCCCUGGUGCCCUGGUUGCUGACUGCCUUUCUCCCCUUCCUCAAAGCCACAGCCCUGCCAGCGAAGGUUGGCAUCCUGGCUCCCCACUUCUCCCCACUCUAACCCUCUGGAUCCCACCCCCCUUUCCCUCCUCUUUCUCCCCAGCCCCACUCCAUGGCAACCACCACAGCUCCCUCCAUGUUCCCUGAGGAGGAGGCUGCCCUUCGGACCCCUUUCCCUCUGACCCCACCUGCCCUGGGGGACGAGUUCUAUCCCUUUGGGGGGGAGCGGCAACAGACUUUUGGGGGCGAUGUGGCUGCUGGGGGCGGGGACCCCGAAGAGGCGGACUUGGGGGUGCUGCUGCAGAGGAAGGAGCAGGACCUGCUGCUGGCAGCUGAGCUGGGGAAGAUGCUCCUGGAACGCAAUGAGGAGCUGGAAAGGCGCUUUGAGGAACUGGCCAAGGAGCACAUGGAGACCAAAGAGCGUCUGGAGCAAGAGAAGCACGAACUCCGCCUGCACCUUGAAUCCAGAAGUGCUGAAUUUGAGACUCGCGUGGCGGAGCUGGAGACUGACCUGGCCACAGUCCGCGCCCAGCUGGGGCAGAAGCGCAUGGAGCAGCAGGACACUAGCCGGGAGAGUUCGCAGGCCGUCCUGGACCUCUCGGAGCAGAACCAGCGCCUGGUGGAGCAGCUCAGUCAGUUCACACACCUGGAGCAGCGGCUGCAGGAAGAACUGGGCUUGUUACGCGGGGAGCAUCGGACCUUGUCCCUUAGCAGUGCUGAACACGCGGCCCGGGCACAAAGCCUGCAGGCUGAGAACCUUAUGUUACAAGAGCGGAAGCGAGAUCUGGAGAAGCAGACCCAUCAGCUGCGGGAGGAGAACGAAUCGAUCCAGGCGCUGGUAGACACACUGCACAACAACCUCCUCCUCCUCCGUAACGAGAGCCGAGAGAAGGAGCUGCGGAUGCAGCAGGUCGAAGUGGAAGCUGAGGAGCUCCGGGCCUCCAGCCGUCGCCUCCAGCAUCAGGUCAAGGAGAUGAAGGAGGAGAUCCGCCUGCACGAUUUGGACACUUCCGUCACCUCCAUCCAGUCUGAGAUCGAAAGUAGCUUGGAGGAUGCUCCUGGAGCGCCCGGGAAGGCUCCUAAGCUGAUGGCCAACGGCACCUGCAAUGGCUCCUGUCAUACCCCCACAGUGGCAAAACACCCCUCAAAGAGGCUGGAAGAGGAAGGAAUUGACUAUGCCAAACGGGUGUCAGCUCUGAGUCACCAGGAACAGGAUCUGCUGAGACAGAAAGAAGCAGAGAUCAUGAAACUUCAGGAUCAGAUUACACUACAGUAUGUAGAACUCUGCAAUUUAAAGACUGAGAUCGAGAGCCAGAGGCGCCUGUAUCAAGAGAGCAACCGGGACGAAGCACUGAAAUUAGCCAUAAUAGAUCGAGAUGAGGCUAUAAUAAAGAAAGGCGAGAUGGAGUUGGAACUGGCAAAAGUCUCCCUGGAACGGGAUUCCAUGAGCCAGCAGCUAUUGCGUGUCAUUCGCCAGAAGAUGGCCCUUUCCCAGGAGCUGGAAGCUUGGCAAGAUGAUAUUCAGUAUAUCAUUCACCAGCAACUGCUGCAGAAGCACCAGGAAGAGACCCACCCCAUCGCUUCGUCGCCUAGAAGCCCGGCGGAAGGCAAGAACCCUCCUUUCUUUCGCCGAGGCACCAGCAUCCCCAACGGCACUGGCUUCUUCUCACUCUUCCGGAAAAGCUGAGGAGCUGGACAGGUGGUGGAGGGAAUAUCAACGCCAGAACUCAUUGGUGGCGGAAGUGGCAGCUGUCGAUGAGACCAAGGCUUGAGGUGGCUGGGGCUGAAAUGGCUUCUGGGCCUCUUAGCAGCUUGUCAACUAACUCCAGGCCAAAGGAAUUUGUUCUCCAGUUCCAUUACAUUGCUCAUACCUGAUCCGCUGUUCACACUCUAUACACACAGAGGAUACUCACACGUGUUGUAAUAGGAGCAGAGCCACAUUGCCGGUCCCAGUAGCGGAGCGUUGAGUGCGGAGAUCUGUGAGUGUACAGGAACCAGCAUGCAAGACACACAGGGGUCCAUGCUCCUUGCACGGAUCUUGUGGGCAGGGCUAGCCCAGAACAUGAUGUCAGGGGCGGGCCCAGCAGUUUGGUUUACAAGCAUGCACACUCGAUGUGUGGAUAUCACAUGCGUAUGGUUAGCCUGGGGCCACGAUGUCAGGGGUAGGGUUGGGGGUCCCUUUGUACUGGAGAUGCGCUUUACAGGUGAGAGAAAAGGGGAGAGAAAGACAGGGAGAUUGGAAUGUCCAUUGCAGUAGGGCAGAAAGCCCUAUGUACAGUCAGGCCUCAGAUUACAGCCAAUUCAGGUUGCAUCUUUUCGGGUUGCAGACCGCCAAAACCCAGAAGUACCAGAACGGGUUACUUCCGGGUUUCGGCGGUUGCGCAUGCGCAGAAGCUCUAAAUCGUGCUUUGCGCAUGUGCAUAAGCACCAAAUCGCAACCUGCACAUGCGCAGACGCGGGUUGCGAGCGCUGUGGGUUGCGAGCGUGCAUCCCACACGGAUCACGUUCGCAACCCGAGCUUCCACUGUAUUAGGAAGGAAGGGGAGAGAAAGAGAAUAAGGAAUAUGGGGUGCUGGCGGUGGAAGGGAGUAAGAAAGAAAGUUGGUAAGAGUAAGUUGAUAAGAAGGAAGGGGUGGAAAGGAAUAAAAGGUAAUUAAUAAUGGCAAGAAGUUUGGGGUUCUGCUACACCCCACUUUUGCCCUUUGGGCAUGCCCACUUUGACAUGUGGCCCCUGGAAUGCUGGCCUUUGGGCAAUGUGGCCCUCAGCCAGAAAAAGGUCAGCUGCCUCUGUUUUACAGACUUCUGUGCUCGGUGCGCAGGCAGGAGGUGCAGGAUGUGAAGCUGGGAGCUGGCCCAGCGGUGCAACUCUGUUCCUAUUGCAACACGUGAGUUGGGUUCCUAAGAACUUUGGAAGAGCUCUGCUGGAUCAGGCCAAAGGCCCCUGUUGCCCAAUGUUUUGUUUUCCUGACAGCCAGCCAGAUGCCUGUGGGAAGUGUGCAAGUACUACUACUCCCCCUGCUUGAGGACGUGGUAUUCAGAGGCCUCCUGUCUCCAGCAAUGGAGGGAGGUUUCAUGGCAUUUCUCCGUCAGCGAGACUGACACGCUGAGCUGUCCAUCUGAGUUCUAAUGAUAGACCAAUUUGAGCACUAAUGUGACUAAUGCGGUGACAAGAUAUUUCCUUGCAUUUUAAUAGUCUGCUUGGAACAACUGUGGGUUCCAAGUUACACCCUCAGAUCAGCCGGUCCUGUCAGUCAGGGCCCCAAGUACCUAACAAAAUGUUUCAUCUGAAAUCGGGGCACUUGUAUCCAACUGGCGAUAAAAGUUACCACAGGCUACCACCACCGAUUGGGUGGCAUCAGCCGGCCACAUAGCUACAGUGGCCGACUAAAAACAAUCACAUGGUUGGAUGCAGUUUCCAGUGCCAGUGGAAUUACUCGCCAUAUAAAUAAACUAGCUUAUUUUGCACCUCUCUUCUUUUUUAAAAAAUACCUUUAGCCUUCCAAUGCCAGCUGGCCUGUCUGUGUUCCAGCAAAUGUUCCAAAUUUGCCCAGCAAGAGCCAUGAUUCAGCUAAGUGGAUUUUUCUAGAGGAUCUUGCAGAUGCAAACCUGCAAUGUCAACAUCAUCCAAAUUUCCCUUUAAAAAAUGAAAUAAAUCACUGGUCUUUUACUCCCUUUCACACUUAAAAGCUGUGGGGCUGGCUAGAAUAAUAAUCUUUCCCUCUGUAGUGAGUGGGGAAGAAUUUAUGCUGACUUCUUAGAAGUCUGGGGAGAAAUGGCUGACAAACUGUUAGCCAUGGGAGAUUAGCGGUACUUGAUGACCCCUCUGAAGGUUCUAACUGUACUAUCACUUUACUUCCCUGCGAAACCCUGGUUUGCUGUUUUGGGGGCAGCUUCCCAUGCUUUCCCAUGCACUGACAGCAAGUCCACACCCACUUCAUACAUUUAAAGCACAUGGCAUCCCCCAAGGAAUCCUGGAAUCUCAGUUUGUUAAGGGAGCUGGGUAGAAUAGUUCUGCCUGUGGGUGGGCAAACUACAAUUCCCAGGAUUCUUUGGGGGAAAGCUCAGUCAGUCGAGCUUAAUCUCAGGGUUGUCGGUUCGUGUCCCACAUUAGGCAAAAGAUUCCUGCAUUGCAGAGGGUUGGACUAAAUGACCCUCAGGGGUGUCUUCUAACUCUACAAUUCUCUGUUUCUGUAAUUAAAAUGUUCUUUAAAUGUCUAUUCUGAACAUGACUGAAAAUGAGAGGUUCUGAAGGCGUGCCUUCCUCUGAGCUUGGGCUUUGCUAAAUGGGGGGCACCCUCUGUACUGGGUAGUGGAGCCAGUUGCUAUGAGGAGGAGGCAUAAGGUGGGGCCUUGCAAAUAUUCCUCACAAACUUUGCACACCAGCGGGGGCACAAUGACCCCCUUCAGUAGGCGGCAGUAUUACUACCCACCGAGCAUUAGGGGCCUCGCUUUAUCUAGAUUUUCCUUGCUGUUCAUUUUGGGGGGGGGGAUG